UCUGCAGUACGAUAUCCUCAAGUCUGAACCCUCGGAUGAGGGUCACUUGCCAGAGGAGGAUUUUUUUUUUUCUGCCUCUCUGUUUUUUUUUAUACUUCCUUCUUGGGCAGAAGGCUGGUGUAAUAGAAACCAGACACAAGCUAGAAUGUGAGGCAUUCACAGCGGCGAGACCUCACUUCUUCACAGAGUGGGAAAAGACGAUAAAUAGGAAGUCUUGUCUUAUAAGUUCCAUCAUUGUUUCUGCUUUUUGCCACUCCGGAAGCUGUCAAUAAGACAGAAAAGGCCCGGACGUUAGGAUGGAAGUGGUAUUCCAUGGAUCAGAUGUCUAGCGAGGGCUGUGGAGACCUUCAGGAUGGGAAAUGCAUGUGCAACUUUUCCAGAUUCUAGUUGAAAAGCUUGCUAGAGCAACAUGAGCUGGAGCUUUCUCACUCGUCUCCUGGAAGAGAUCCACAACCACUCCACCUUCGUGGGGAAAGUGUGGCUCACCGUGCUCAUCAUCUUCCGCAUUGUGCUCACAGCAGUCGGAGGCGAGUCCAUCUACUCUGAUGAGCAGACCAAGUUCACCUGCAACACCAAGCAGCCGGGUUGUGACAACGUAUGCUACGAUGACUUCGCCCCUCUCUCGCACGUGCGCUUCUGGGUCUUCCAGAUCAUCAUGAUCUCCACUCCCUCCAUCAUGUACAUGGGAUACGCCAUCCACAAGAUCGCCCGAACUACAGAUGAGGAGCGCAGGAAGAACCACAGGAUCCGGAGAAAGCCUCCUCCUCACACCAGAUGGAGAGAGAGCCAUCAUCUGGAGGACGUCUUGGAGGAGGAUGAAGACGACGAUGCUGAGCCGAUGAUCUAUGAGGAUACGCUGGAGGUGCAAGAGGCCAAACCUGAACCAGUGAGCAGCACAAACAAAGACCCACCAAAACACGAUGGCCGCAGAAGAAUCAUGCAAGAAGGCCUGAUGAGAAUCUAUGUUCUUCAGCUCAUGUCUCGAGCUAUUUUCGAGAUAGCUUUCCUUGCAGGACAGUACCUCCUCUAUGGUUUUCGAGUUAGUCCUUUGUAUGUAUGCAACAGGGUCCCCUGUCCACACAGAGUGGACUGUUUCAUCUCCAGGCCCACGGAAAAAACAAUCUUUCUCCUCAUCAUGUAUGUGGUAAGCUGUCUUUGUCUCGUGCUAAACGUGUGUGAGAUGCUUCACUUGGGAAUUGGCACUUUUCGGGACACCCUUCGCAUGAAGAGGAACCGGGGUCGACGGACGUCCUACGGCUACCCGUUUUCUCGCAACAUCCCGGCCUCCCCUCCAGGAUACAACCUCGUGAUGAAGACAGAGAAACCUGGUAGGAUCCCCAACAGCCUCAUCACCCACGAGCAGAACGUGGCCAACGUGGCCCAGGAGCAGCAGUGCACCAGCCCAGACGAAAACAUCCCUUCUGAUUUGGCAAGCCUGCACCGGCACCUACGGGUCGCCCAGGAACAGCUCGAUAUGGCUUUUCAAACAUAUCAAACCAAAAACAACCCGCAAACCUCUAGAACCAGCAGCCCUGUAUCUGGGGGAACCAUGGCAGAGCAAAAUCGAGUCAAUACAGUCCAGGAGAAACAGGGAGCAAGACCGAAAUCAGCCACAGAAAAGGCUGCAACCAUUGUAAAAAAUGGAAAGACCUCUGUCUGGAUCUAGAGGUGCAUCUAAUUUUAGUAAAUUAACGGUAAAAACUUUAAGGACUCCAGGACUGCAGUGCAACAGAGCUGGAGGAUAUGUGUGCGUGUGAGAGGUGCAACUAUGGACAAUAACAACUGAGAAUUUCAAUCACACCAGCUGAAGGAGUACAAUACUACACAGGUUUUGGGGAUAAAAGAGAAAACACACAUGACGAAAUGAUCAAGUGCGGUAUCAUGAAUCUUCUUUGUUACUGUUGUGUGUCAUUUUGUGCUUACCAUAGCUUUUGGACAUGAUUAACAUGCGCUCAUUUAGUUAAACAUCUCUAAUUCCAACUAAAAUGUCAAAGUAUAAACAGACUGCUUCGAGCUAUUUAUCUGAUCUACCCUUGACUGCCGCUGAACUGGAUUAAUCCGAAGAAACGUAUCUUUGUAAGUGUGCGAUUGUACCCUCAAUCCAAAUUUGCAGUGUAUGCAAUGAAAACACUGAACAAAUGCACAGUGACUCAUUUCCGAAGAACGCUGGUUGUUGUUGGAAAGAUGCAUGUUUAGUAUUUGGGGGAGGUAUUUUUGGAUGUAGUAUGGAUGAGUGUUGCUGGAAGCAGAUUCAAUGUGAAAUAUUUUGAUAAAGAUAAUGAAACAGGGCUGUGUCACUGUAUGCUCCUCUGGUCAACAUCUGCUCAGUGUGAUGAUUUUUCCGUCAUUGCGUGCAAAGCCUUUAUCUAUGCUAUAUUUUCCAAAGGCCAUGCAGUGUCACAUCUGAGGGGGAGGAGGCAAAUGAAUAGGAAAUCAGAUUAUUUUCUAAACUAAAUACUGAUUUUCUGCAUUCUGAAGCAGAUAAUGCAUGCUUUACAACUGGGAACAUACAACAUAGGCUACAGUAGAAAACCCCUUGCUUAGAUAUUCCAUUAGCUCUACGUUUAUCUUCUGUUUAGGCAUGUUAGGUUUUGCUGUCAUUGAAGCAGUAUGUUUCUAGAUUUGGUUUCAGAGAAAUAUUUAAUCCUGCCUUCACUGUUGUCAUACUUCAAAGUGCCUCAAACUUUCAAAGACUGUUCUAGUAUUUUAUUCAUGAAGAAAUAAACUUAUUUGA